ACGACUCCCUAUUGGACAGAGCGUGUUGCCUGUUGCGUGUGCGGUGUGUUAUUAUAGGGAAUCGGGUUCACAAGUGAGGAAAGCAUGCGAUUACUUAUGUUAGCGAAUGAUCUAGUGGAUUGAAUUUUUUUCUCAAUAUAGUUAAUUAAAGGUCUGUACUGACUGUGUGAUCAUGAGAAACAGAAAGCGGAUCGAGGCUGUAAAUGGAGCGGAAUCCCGACUUUCAGCGCACUUCACCAAUCCUUUUACACACGAGCUGAGGUUCACACCUGUGCACAAAGUCAAGAUUGCAUUGAUGACAGUGACGCUGUUUCCAGUGCGGCUGCUCGGCACUGCCUUUUUCAUGUUGCUCGCAUGGCCUUUUGUGUUCUUGGCCACUCUGGGCCGCACAGAGGAUGCCGUGGAGCCUCUUUCCUGGUGGAGGUGGCUGUUGGAUCUUAUCAUCAGAGGCUUGAUGAGGGCGAUGUGGUUUUCCGGAGGUUUCCACUGGAUUCGGGUGAAAGGCCGACCAGCUCAGGCCAGUGAAGCACCCAUCCUCACGCUGGCACCGCACUCCUCUUACUUUGAUGCCAUUCCUGUGACUAUGACUAUGGCCUCGAUAGUAAUGAAAUCGGAGAGCAAAGACAUUCCUGUCUGGGGCACACUGAUUAAGUUCAUCCGUCCGGUGUUCGUGUCUCGCUCGGAUCCUGAUUCUCGCAGGAAGACCGUGGAGAAGAUUAAACGCCGAGCGUGCACAGCAGGCCAGUGGCCUCAGAUCAUGAUAUUUCCUGAGGGGACCUGCACCAACAGAUCCUGCCUCAUCACAUUUAAGCCUGGUGCGUUUAUUCCUGGGGUUCCAGUGCAGCCGGUGGUUCUGCGCUAUCCUAAUGAACUGGACACAAUCUCAUGGACGUGGCAGGGUCCUGGAGCGUUUAAGAUUCUAUGGCUCACGCUGUGUCAGAUCCACAAUUCUAUAGAGAUCGAGUUCCUUCCUAUUUACACACCCUCGGAGGACGAGAAAAGGGAUCCGACUCUGUUUGCCAGCAAUGUGAGACGCAUCAUGGCCAAAGCUCUGCAAGUACCAACUGUAGACUACUCAUUUGAAGACUGCCAGCUCUCCAUGGUCAAAGGUCCACUGUGUUUACCUAGCAGCACAUGCCUACUGGAUUUUUCCAGACUGGUGCGUACACUCGGUCUGAAUGUGGGAGUCACAGAUCAGGUCCUGCAGGAGGAGGGCAAGAAAGCAUGCAGUCUCUGUAGACAUAAACUGAGCCUGGAGGAAUUUGCAGCGUACUUAAACCUUCCAGUGACAGAAACACUGCAGGACAUCUUUGCACUCUUUGAGGAGCACGGUCAGAUGGAUGUGAGGGAAUACAUCAUCGCUCUUUCCGUGAUCUGCAGACCCUCAAAGUAUCUCAACACUCUUCAGCUCGCCUUUAAAAUGUUUGGGGCUAAGGAAGACGGCGCCGUCGUAGAAGACGAGUUAGCGGUCAUUUUGAAAUCAGCCCUCGGAGUGGAAGAUUUUGAUGUGGGUGAAGUCUUCAAAGCUGUCGAUACACAAGACAAAGGAAAGAUCACGUUUGAUAAAUUUCGAUCUUUUAUGGAGAGCUGUCCGAACUUCACAGAGUCCUACCACUGUGUCGAUGAACCAAUCACACACACGGGACUCGUACAUCCUGCAUCCGACAGCUUCUGCCCCGAAUUCAGUCCUCAGGAACAAAAAACACAAAGAGAAAGCAAGAAACACGACUGAUGAGGCUGUGGACUGGUUGUGGGUUUGGAGAACGCAGACAACAGCAGACCAGCGGUCAUCAUCAGGCCCCCCAGGGUCAGCAUCCCAGUGCCAGCCUGUACACACAUGUUCAGGGCCUUGUUGUAUCGCAUGGCAUGGUGAUCCACAAAGAGCAAUUCUCCCUCGCCGAAUGCCUCAAUUCGAGUUGGAACGGCAAAACCCACCGCCAACAUCACCAAACCGACAGCUAACAGGACAGUUCCAACUGCAAGAGAAAUCUGAAAGGCACAGGAAGAGCUAUGACCAACUCUGCAUUAAAGUAGUGUAGUAGUUGCAAGUAGUUUUUAACACAUACUUUUACACACAGUAGGGAACAUGUAUAACUGAAUGUGUUUUACUGGGAGCAAACUAUGUACAUAGUUCAUUCAAACUAUGUACAUAGUCGUGUCCCCUAGAUAAAUGUCUAGCUUGCUAACUAGCCAGCAAAAGAAGGCAAUCAAUAGCCAAUCUGUUAUUCAUAGCUGACACCAUGAGCUCCAACAGAUACACUGUCAGUGUUACAGUUAAAAACCUUUGGUUUUUUUAUUCCCUUGUUUUUUUAAUCAACUGAAAAUGAUUGCAAAACUAUAACUAGAUCAGAACUAUACUAGUAUAAUAAAGUCGACCACCAUA